GGUAAAAAUAACAAUUUUCUGCAAAAAUACAAUGGGCAAUUUAGAAAUUUCAAGGAAGCUAUUAUUCCUUAACCUUUUUUUUUUGCACCUAUUACUAUUAUGUGGGUGAAUUUUAUUAUGUUUUCCAAAUUUAGUAUUAUGUAUUGGAUUGUAUAUUUCAAUAUUAACAUUUUAUUUUUAUGUUUCCAAUUUCACAUACCUUUAAUUUGGAAAAUAUUAAUCGAAAGUGGAGAACAAGAUGAAAUUCCUCUUAGUCGGCCCAAAAAGAAAAAAGUCAAGAAAAACUCAUUAGAUGACAUGGGUCAAGUUGCUGUGUCUGAAAGCAAUGAGCCUCUGACUUCUGAAGCACAGGAUGCUCCGCCUCAGAGGAAGCGUAGGAAAAAGAAGGCGCCUCUAGAGUCAGAAACAUCAUUUACCGAACAGAAUGGAAAUGACAUGGAUCCUUCGCCAGUGGAAGAAACAGUAACCCGUAAACAAUGGAAAAGAGUAAAGAAAGCCCGGCCUGCAGAAAGUUCUAGUGAUUUGUGUGUGGAAGAUGAAGAUAUAAUUGAGGAUGAGCAAGUAAAGGGCCCAGAACAACGUUCUGUGUUUUCGGUUCCAACUGGGGUUAGUCAGCCUAUCAGCAAAGUGUUCAUUGAAAAAAAUCGACGUUUUCAGGCCGCAGACCGCAAGGAUUUGAUUAAAACUACUGAACAUGUUCAAGUGUUUAUGGAUGUAAAGGCUUCCUGGACUACUAAGGACGUGGCACUUUCAGUUCAUCGUGGUUUUAGAGUAAUUGGAUAUUUUACUCACGGCUUUCUCGCUGGCUAUGCUGUGUGGAACAUCAUAGUGAUUUAUGUUCUGGCAGGAAAUCAGCUUUCAACCCUUUCAAACUUGCUACAGCAGUACAAGACUUUGGCAUAUCCUGCUCAAUGUCUCCUUUAUUUUCUACUUACAAUAAGUACCAUUUCAGCUUUUGACAGAAUCGAUUUGGCUAAAGCAGCAGUGGCAAUACGCAGUUUUCUUACAUUGGACCCAGCAGCAAUUGCAUCUUUCAUGUAUUUUGCUGCUCUUAUCCUGUCUCUGAGCCAACAAAUGACAAGUGACAAGAUCAACUUGUACAUACCACCUUUAGAAAAUGGUAGCCUUUGGAUUUCAGAUGAAGAAAAAGAGAUUAUUCAGCCUUGGAUUGUGAUUAAUCUUGUGAUAGCUAUACUUGUUGGGAUUUCCUGGUUCUUUUUGUCAUACCGGCCACAUAUGGAUCAUACUGAAGAGAUGAUGUUUAAUAGUGAAGUGGAAGAAUAUCCUCUCCCGGACAAAGAAGCUAAAGUGUCUUCUUAGUAUAGGCAACUUCUUCAAUUUCAUAAGAUGCUUCCGUCAUUUAUACUUGCACGUAAUAUUUUUUACACUUUUUAAACAUUUAAUCUGAAUGAAUUUUGUAAUUACGCUAUUUAUAUGUCCCAAGAAUACAGUACCAAAUCAUUUUUCACAAUCAAGUUGUUUUCUACGGCUUUUAUGCAACUUUCAGUGAAGAAGACAAAAAGAAAAAAAAAAAACAUAUUGAAUUUGUUCAUUCCUGAUUGUCUAAUUUUGAUAUUCAAAAGUAAUUUAAUGCUGUGGAUACUUGUCAGAGGCUAAUUUGUCUUUGAAUAAUUAAAUUCAGGUGUUUUUUUUUAAGUGAAACUGCUAAAAGUUUUUGUAGAAAUAACUGCUAAUUAAACUUCGUAAAAUUUG